UAAGGAAAAUAAAUUAUGAAUAAAACUUUAACAGAAGAAGAAGUACUUGACAAAAUUCGUGAAGUUGUUGCGACACAAUUAGGAAUUGAUGAAACUCAAGUUUUGGAUGAUGCUAGUUUUACUAAUGAUUUAGGAGCUGAUUCUUUGGAUUCUGUUGAACUUGUAAUGUCAAUUGAACAUGAAUUUGGUAUAAAAAUUCCUGAUGAGAGAGCAAAUAAAAUCUCUAAUAUUAAACAAUUAAAAGACUUUGUAAUGGAAAAUGAUGAAUUAGCUAAAAGAGCAAAAAUUACAAAAAAAUUAGCAAAUCAAGUUAUAACAUUGUUUACAGAUAUUGUAAGGGAAAAAGUGAAUGAUGGAGAGAAGGUGACCAUAGUAGGAUUCGGCACUUUUAAAGCAAAAUAUAGAAAACCAAAGGCUGUUAGAAAUCCUAGAACUGAAAAAAGAAUGGUUAUUCCAGCUUCAAGAGUACCUGUGUUUACAGUUGGUAAGCUUUUUAAAGAAGAAGUAAAUAAUAAAUUUUUACAUAAUCAAAAUGAACUAAGAGAGCAAGAAAAAAUAGAAUAAAACAAUAGUUAUAUUGAUAUUUUGAUAAUAGAAUAAAAUAAUGUUCUAUUAU